CGCUAAUCGAUGACGCAACACGACUCAUGACGCUUGCAUUCUUCUGCUCCAAGAGAUUUCUGUGGUACUUCGUCAACACUUCUCAUGCGCUCCAAAUAGGUCACGUGGUUGGGUUGCUAUGCAACGACUCCACGCAACAAACUCAAUUUAAACAGUCGCAGAAAUGUCGUCCAAUUUCUCAGCAAACCAGUACAACGAUGCCUUCAAGCCUCAGAGGCUGCAGAACUGGUGUCAGCCGAAGCAACCCACCAAGGUUAUGACAGCACUUUUAAUAUGUUUGCAGACGUACCAUUCAAAGGCAUCGACAGCACGGCAGGGCCGCACUACGUUUAUUGCAGAUAACAGAGGAUAUCUGCUCCAUGGAAAGUCAAAGAGAGGCAGCGCCUGGCCUGACUUUAAAGGAACAUGGGAUCUACCUGCUCGUAUACCAGCGCAGAGAAUCAACCCCACCGCCCGCUCUCAAGAGGGUCUUGCAAGACUCAAGGCUUGGGGCUUGGACCCUCAACACGUAGACAAAUCUGGGCCACUAAGAGGCAGCAAAAACACACGUGCCUCGCAGGAUGCUAGGAAGCAGUGUGACUCACUCCAGUCCAUGUUGAAAUCUGGUGGCGUACAGCAGGAUGGUGCCGUCUCGGACUCAUUGGCCCCAUCUGCAGCUGACGCCCAGCAAGCGCCUCAGAGCCGUCCCGUUUCUGCAGACACAACUGGCAAACGGGGACAGCAGACGCAGGCAGAUGAGGUAUCAUCUGUCAAGCUGCCUGCCGCCGACAGACAAAAGGAUGGCGAAACUGUGACAAGCAGGCCGCAGAGCCAGAAGGCAAUAUGAGCUUCGCGGCCGGUGAUAGCAGAAGGCCACCAUGCAAGGCCAAAUUCUGGUUCGGUGCCAGCCUUAACAACCCCAGAGGAAUAAAAAUAGCAAAUUCAUAUCAUCCCCUUUUCCAAACUGGGAUGAUUGUACUGUACUGUAUUCUAGGACCUCUCUGAAAUGUAGUAGCUCUCUGGUCUCUUUAUCUUAACAGCUGUCCAUUUAGAAUGCCUCUGAGCUGCAAUCUAGAAAAAAAAAAAAUGGUUCAAAUAAAAUACGCAAGUGUGUUGUUGUAA